AUGCUGAAGGUGGAGAACCUUGUGAGAGCCGGCAGCUUUGCACUCUCAGCGCUAGGGGGCGCGGCAGAGCGGGCUCGGUACACAGUGGCGGCUUCCUCGCGAGUAGAAGGAUCUUGGUGGUUCCCAAGCCACCCAGCCGGAUGGCUGUCCGAAGAGCCCGGAGUCAGGGUUCGUCGUAAGAAGACAGGAACUGAUGGGGAGACGGGAAGGACGGAGCUGGUGCAGCAUGACUCUCGCAUCUUCCCUUCCACUGCAGAAAUCCGGGCUUUUUCUGAAGUCUAUAGACUGAGCUCUGAUUCAGAGAGCACCCAAGGGUGCGUGGACCUGCCGAAGAGCAGCGGAGACUUCCCCGGCGGGGACAAGCUUCUCCGGCCUGGGAGACGUCAGAAGGUGUAG